AAUCAACUGUCCUGGAUGAGGUCCAGUUGGUUGUGCCAUUGGAUGAUGUGCCGGAUGUACCUCUGCUGCCAGCCAUCCUUGAGGAGGUGCCAGAUGUGCCGACUAUCCUUGAGGAGGCCAUUGGUAAUUGGCAGUUGAUACCGAUUAGGUUUAGCUCCCUGUACUGUGGGCCUGUUGUGAUCAGGAACAAUGCCGGUCCGGUGGCUAAAGCUUGGAGAACUUUCCAGUUCAUCAGCCCCAUUAUCACCUACAUGCGUGGGGGAUCCCAGCAGGUGGUGGUGAGGAUGCACCAUGCGCGAUAUGUGGCUGGCAGGGUGACCCAGUAUGCGUCUCACCUCCGCCACGAGACGUCUGUGGCCGUGACGCAUGGCUGCUACCAGCAAACUGAUGUCUCGGUGGUGUACGCCACUCUCCACAUGGGGCUGGAUGGGCUGCUCUCCUCCUCGGCGUGGUCGGAGGCUGCCUCCGUCUCUACGCCCACCACUCAGCAGGCUGGGAGGAGGGACCUGCUGCCUGAGGAGAGGGAGGUUCCUCUGCUAAACCUCUACCUUACCACCAAGAGAGUGGAGGACAUCGGCCUGAGGCUCGUCUCCCUGCGCCAGGCCUUUACUACCCUGCUCGGUUCCACCCUGAGUAGGAACCAUCUGUUUGUGGCGGGAAAGGUCCUACUGGGCGCACUGGUUCAGGUCCACCAGAUGGACGAGGCCGAAUUCAUCCGUGCCUAUAACGACUUUGUGGACUACCUGAGUGACCCCUCCAAGCAGAUUGACAUUGAGAGGGAGCUGGCUGAGGCAAAUAUCCAUCAUGUUAACCUGAUAGAUGUCCUUUUUGAGCUGGUGCUGUUUGGGAUGAUGACAGCUCAGAAAUCCCUGAUGGUGCAACCUGGUGGGUUCAUGGAGCGUCUGUACACUCUCCUGUACUCCUUCCUGCCCACUGUUGCCAGCAUUGAGCCAAAGGCUGAGAGAUACCUGUUGCUGCUCAAUGGCGGGCUGAUGGCUCUGCUAGAUGACAUGUUUGGGCAGCAGCUGGCCUGGUAUUUUAACCGAGAGUCUCUGGUCACUGAGCUCUCCAGCCUCCUCGAGUACCACCUCGAGUACCUCAUGGCCAGCAUGUAGUCCUACUGCAGAGACCUG